CUACAGGAAAUAGCACACUCCCAGAUGAAACAGGAAGCUGUAUUGCUGCAUGAAAAACUUUAUGAAUUGGAGUCCCAUCGAGAUCAAAUGAUUGCAGAAGACAAAAGCAUGGGAUCUCCAAUGGAAGAUAGAGAAAGAUUGCUUAAGCAGGUUAAAGAAGAUAAUCAGGAAAUAGCCAGCAUGGAGCGACAGUUAUCAGAUAUAAAAGAAAAAAUAAAUCGCUUCAAUGAAGAAAUUAGACAACUUGACAUGGAUUUAGAAGAACACCAAGGUGAAAUGAAUCAGAAAUACCAGGAGCUAAAAAAAAGGGAGGAGAAUAUGAACACUUUUAUUGAGACUUUUGAGGAAACUAAGAAACAGGAACUGGAACGGAAGACACAGAUCGAGGCCAGCAUCAUUGCACUUUUGGAGCACUGUAGUCGAAAUAUAAAUCGGAUGAAACAGGUAUCCUCUAUCACCAAUCAAGAACUGAAGAUGAUGCAGGAUGAUCUCAAUUUUAAAUCUACCGAAAUGCAGAAAUCACAAAGUACAGCUAGGAAUUUGACUUCAGAUACUCAACAUCUACAGUUGGAUCUGCAGAAAAUGGAGCUUCUGGAAAGUAAGAUGACUGAGGAACAACACUCUCUAAAAUGCAAAAUUAAGCAAAUGACAGCUGAUCUGGAGACAUAUAAUAAUUUGCCAGCUUUAAAAUCAUCAGGUGAAGAAAAGAAAAAGAAAUUACAUCAUGAGAGGACAGUACUAUCAACCCGCAGAAAUGCCUUUAAGAAAAUAAUGGAGAAACUAAACGUAGAAUAUGAAACACUAAAAACACAACUGCAAGAAAAUGAGACACAUUCUCAGCUUACAAAUUUGGAGAGGAAGUGGCAACACCAUGAGCAAAAUAAUUUUGUGAUGAAAGAAUUCAUAGCAACCAAGAGUCAAGAGAGUGAUUACCAGCCAAUUAUGAAGAACGUAUCCAAACAGAUUGCAGAUUACAAUAAAACCAUCGUGGAUGCUCUACAUAACAUGAAUAGAAACUGAGUCUGAACCAACUGCAAGUCUCCCUAGAAGUAUCUUCUUGCUGUUAAACUUGUUCAAGAUGACUAAAAAAUAACAGCUCACCCUCGAAAAGUUUUAUCUAAAAUUGUUGAAUGCUAUAAUUUUUGUGGCCUCUUUGAUGAGUAAAAUUUUAAUAGUACAAUAGUUCAAUAAAUAGUUUGCAUA